AUGGCAUCCGCCGAUAACUCCAACACACCCAGGACAAAUCAUCAGUAUCGGAGUCGAUCAAGUGGCGAUCGGGAUCGUAGACAUUCGUGGGAUAGACGUAUGGAUUGUUGGGACUCUCCUGAUCAUGGACAUUCCGGUCGAAAUAUGAUGUCCGAUUUGAUAACAGCGCACCUUCGUCAUGUGGAAUGCAGUCUUAUUCAAACUAAAUCGGGACCGUCCGCCUCAUCAUCGAAAUGA